UUUUCAGCAUUUUCAUGGUGCGUGUUCUCCCUGAUCGCCGGAGAUCAAACGGUGACGCAAUUAGGCGUGCCUUCUCUAAAAACUAAUCAUUAUAUAAGCCGGAAUAUCGAGAAUUCCGCCCCUUGCUUCCGAUUCCCCAACUGCCGAUCUCUGUUGAAGAUUUCUACGCCGGAGAUCGGUCGAAGAGGCAUGGAAAUGGGUACUUUGCUGCCCAAGUUCCUCGUAGCACUUGCGAUCUUCUGCUCUUCUCUUCCGAGCUCAUUAUCCCUGCCGUUUAUCGUCAUACAUGGAAUUGGAGACGCGUGCGGUAAUCGGGGGAUGAAGCACUUCACCGAGUUACUGAGCGAGUGGUCUAAUUCUCAGGGAUACUGUUUGGAAAUUGGAAAGGGUUCAGUGGACUCAUGGGUUAUGCCCCUUCAAAAACAGACAGAUAUUGUUUGUGAAAAGGUGAAGGAAAUGAAGGAACUGAGUGGAGGUUUUAACAUUGUUGGCCUUUCUCAGGGAAACUUGAUAGCUCGAGGGAUAAUUGAACUUUGUGAUGAUGCACCACCAGUUGAAAAUUUCCUCUCCUUGGGUGGCCCGCAUGCUGGCACUGCUUCGGUACCACUUUGUGGCUCAGGAAUUUUCUGCGUGAUUGUUGAUGCACUCAUUAAGGCUGAGAUCUACAGUGAUUAUGUGCAGGAACACCUUGCUCCAAGUGGAUAUCUCAAAAUUCCUACUGACAUGUCUCACUACUUGGAAAGAUGCCGCUUUCUUCCAAAGCUCAACAAUGAGCGCCCAGAUGAGAGAAAUGCUACGUAUAAAGAAAAAUUCAGUAGACUGAAGAAUUUAGUUCUUAUCAUGAACGAGCAAGAUAGUGUUCUGAUUCCUCGAGAAACAUCUUGGUUUGGAUAUUAUCCCGAUGGUGCCUUCAGUCCUGUUCUACCUCCACAACAGACCACACUAUAUAUUGAAGACUGGAUUGGUUUGAGAGCCUUGGAUGAAGCCGGGCGAGUCAAAUUUGUGAGCGUGCCAGGCAGCCAUCUCGGAAUAUCGAAGAGCGACAUGAAGAAGUAUAUGGUGCCAUAUCUGGAAGAUAAGUCUCCUACUCAGCCCCACCAGAUCUCAAGUUGGGCUGCUUCGGUUUGGGACUCCACUCUGUAUAAGUUCGGCUUGCAGGAUAAUACCCCUCCUUUAUCCCCCUUCACUCCUAGUUAGGAAGAACCCAAGAACUGAAGGUAUGGACUUUUUACUGCUCUGUAGGUUUAGGGUUUGUAUAGUUAUAUCUUUGAAGCGGUUGUGUAUUAUUACUAUUGCUGUAUAAAUUGUGGCUGCAGUUAAUGCUGCAUGCCUUAUUUAAAUUUCUGAACAAAAUGAACCAAUGAUAGUCCAAGGAAGCAGCAGGUAAAAGAAAGGGUUUUUUCAUUAUGUUGCUAUGUGUAAGGCUGUGAAUUUGGCUCGAAGAUUGUUGAUAGUUUGAAAAUUGAUUCGAA